GCCCCCGCAGCGCCCGCUUCCAAGAUGGCGGCAGCGAUGCCUCCCCGGCUGUUGGGGUGGCGGUGACGACAGGCAGCAAAAGACCAGCAGUAACCCUCCUCCCCACCCCCGCUAGAAGAGGGGAAAGGUAGAAAAGGUAGAGGACGCCACCCCCACCCUACUCUCCGCCGAGCUCCGGGGCUGUUCGCUUACAGCCCCCAGGUGGUCACGGUCCCUGCACCUGAGGAGUUGGCACCCAGGCACAUGAAGAAUAGAAGGAGCCUGUUUCCUACUUCGCCCUGGCUGGUCCCAGAUUCGCUGCUGGAGUGCUGGAUGGAGCCUUUCUCUGCCCUCUGUGACAUUUCCAAUUUUAGAUAAUGCCUCACAUCUCUGUACCCCCGGGACCCCCUGGAGCCCCCAUGAUCCCUAAGAAGACAGCUUGAACCUAGAAUUCCCCUCUCCCUCCCUAGAUCUCACCCCCAGGAUGUUGCGGAGGCUGCUGGAGCGGCCUUGCACGCUGGCCCUGCUUGUGGGCUCCCAGCUGGCUGUCAUGAUGUACCUGUCACUGGGGGGCUUCCGAAGUCUCAGUGCCCUAUUUGGCCGAGAUCAGGGGCCGACAUUUGACUAUUCUCACCCUCGUGAUGUCUACAGUAACCUCAGUCACCUGCCUGGGGCCCCAGGGGGUCCUCCAGCUCCUCAAGGUCUGCCCUACUGUCCAGAACGAUCUCCUCUCUUAGUGGGUCCUGUGUCGGUGUCCUUUAGCCCAGUGCCAUCACUGGCAGAGAUUGUGGAGCGGAAUCCCCGGGUAGAACCAGGGGGCCGGUACCGCCCUGCAGGUUGUGAGCCCCGCUCCCGAACAGCCAUCAUUGUGCCUCAUCGUGCCCGGGAGCACCACCUGCGCCUGCUGCUCUACCACCUGCACCCCUUCUUGCAGCGCCAGCAGCUUGCUUAUGGCAUCUAUGUCAUCCACCAGGCUGGAAAUGGAACAUUUAACAGGGCAAAACUGUUGAACGUUGGGGUGCGAGAGGCCCUGCGUGAUGAAGAGUGGGACUGCCUGUUCUUGCACGAUGUGGACCUCUUGCCAGAAAAUGACCACAAUCUGUAUGUGUGUGACCCCCGGGGACCCCGCCAUGUUGCCGUUGCUAUGAACAAGUUUGGAUACAGCCUCCCGUACCCCCAGUACUUCGGAGGAGUCUCGGCGCUUACUCCUGACCAGUACCUGAAGAUGAAUGGCUUCCCCAAUGAAUACUGGGGCUGGGGUGGUGAGGAUGAUGACAUUGCUACCAGGGUGCGCCUGGCUGGGAUGAAGAUUUCUCGGCCCCCCACAUCUGUAGGACACUAUAAGAUGGUGAAGCACCGAGGAGAUAAGGGCAAUGAGGAAAAUCCCCACAGAUUUGACCUCCUGGUCCGUACCCAGAAUUCCUGGACGCAAGAUGGGAUGAACUCACUGACAUACCAGUUGCUGGCUCGAGAGCUGGGGCCUCUUUAUACCAACAUCACAGCAGACAUUGGGACUGACCCUCGGGGUCCUCGGGCUCCUUCUGGGCCGCGUUACCCACCUGGUUCCUCCCAAGCCUUCCGUCAAGAGAUGCUGCAACGCCGGCCCCCAGCCAGGCCUGGGCCUCUACCUACUGCCAACCACACAGCCCUCCGAGGUUCACACUGACUCCUCCUUCCUGUCUACCUUAAUCAUGAAACCGAAUUCAUGGGGUUGUAUUCUCCCCACCCUCAGCUCCUCACUGUUCUCAGAGGGAUGUGAGGGAACUGAACUCUGGUGCCGUGCUAGGGGGUAGGGGCCUCUCCCUCACUGCUGGACUGGAGCUGGGCUCCUGUAGACCUGAGGGGUCCCUCUCUCUAGGGUCUCCUGUAGGGCUUAUGACUGUGAAUCCUUGAUGUCAUGAUUUUAUGUGACGAUUCCUAGGAGUCCCUGCCCCUAGAGUAGGAGCAGGGCUGGACCCCAAGCCCCUCCCUCUUCCAUGGAGAGAAGAGUGAUCUGGCUUCUCCUCGGACCUCUGUGAAUAUUUAUUCUAUUUAUGGUUCCCGGGAAGUUGUUUGGUGAAGGAAGCCCCUCCCUGGGCAUUUUCUGCCUAUGCUGGAAUAGCUCCCUCUUCUGGUCCUGGCUCAGGGGGCUGGGAUUUUGAUAUAUUUUCUAAUAAAGGACUUUGUCUCGCA